AUGUCGCGCAAGACUUUAAUUGAUUUCGUAGUAAAAUACCAUAAACCACGUUUAGUAAAUAACGUGGUUUGUUUUCCAAGCAACGGCAAUUCAUUUUUCGGUCGGCGCCUUAUAACUCCUACUCCAGUCUCAAGUUUAACUCCAAAAAUUCAAUCUCCAAGACAUUUUAGUACAAACAUAACAAAUCUUAAUGAAGUCCAACUCACAAAUGAGCCAAAGAAAACCGAUGGAAAAUUUCAGCUAAUGUUUACGUGUAAGAAGUGUAAUACUCGCAAUUCGAAAUUUAUCACAAAGUUGGCAUAUUACAAGGGUGUCGUUAUUGUAAUUUGUGAUGGUUGUGAAAAUAAACAUUUAAUAGCCGAUAACCUUAACUGGUUCUCAGAUAUGAAUGGCAAGAAAAACAUUGAAGACAUAAUGGCUGAAAAGGGUGAGACUGUACAAAAAAUCAUGUCCAGUGAUUUAGAAUUCAUAGCUCAAGAAAUCAUUAGUACUACAGAUAAAAAAGCUUUAGAUGGC